UCUGUGAAGGUAUUUCUGUCCACAUGGAUGUAUGGCAGUCUAUAAAGACUCAACGUGAUUCGCAAUUUGUCAAGGACUUGGCUGAAAUCAUUUGGGGGACCACUACAUUACAAAAGCGGUGUUUGGACAGUUCAAAAUUAACAUAUGAUAAAGAAAGAAAACAGUUGACUCCCGAGAAAUGCAAAAUAAUAAUAAAUCACUUACAAAAUAAGGUUACGGAAAGUAAAGUGACUGGAUGCAAGAGAUUAUCCAGAGUCAAUAAAUUUUGGUCUUACAUGACAGAAAAAAUUUAUGAUUCAAGAAGAAAAUUAAAUUUUACGUCUGUUGAAGAAGUCUAACGAAUUAGAAAAAAAGUUUUUAUUGAAAACUAGGAAAAUGUAUAUGUAAAACGCGUUUCA